AUGGCUGCUGUAACUUUUGGCGCGUUGUUUAAUACAGACUCCCUUGACCUGCAGAGGGCUGCGGUUUUAGCGCUCGUUUCUGGUCUUCAGAGAUACAUGCCUGCGGGAGGCUCGACCCUCGUCGACGGCGUAAUCCGGCCGUCGUUGGGCUGGGUGGUUCUUUCGCAACUUGAUCGCGUCUCUAGGGCCUGGAUUGUUGAUGAGCCUGAUUUGUGGCGCAACAUCUUCACGUUUGGGUCCUGGGACGCCGUCGCGUGUUUUGCUCACAGGGCCGAUUUCGCUGGCGGCGCUGUCGAUAUGGACAAUCUCCUUCGUAACGCUACCUCCGACGACUUGCAAGUUAUUGGACGACCCCCUGCAUCCAACUCAUGCAUUCUUCAAAUUCUUAAGCGCUGUGGCACCGUUUAUUCCGGAAUUUCAUCAAUCGCGUUCCGGCACAACGCAGCGGCAUUCAUCAUCAAGGCUCUUCGCGUAGACGUCUUCUCGCAACUCCACACUCUAAGGCUCUACGUCUCUUCCACAACGCCGUUGCUUCAUUUUGAUCUCCCCUCCUUACGCACCUUGGAGUUUUACGGCGUUAGGGACGCUCCCGAUAAACCUAUCGUUGCUUGGAGAGCUGCACCAUGCGUUUCCGCGAGCGUCUUGGCGCAUAUCGCGGCAGGCGCUUCUCUUGAACUUCUUGGGCUUGAAGGCGUCGACGUUUGUGCCGAUGCACAAGAAGAACCCGUCUUGGUUCGCGUCCCCGAGGUUUUCUUACUCAUUAAGAAACCCAGCAGCGUUGCUGCUGUGCUUACUUUCUUAUCUGACGGAAUACCGGACACCACUUACUGCGUAUUCUGUCGACCCUCGUUUACGGACCCGUUGCCGGACUGGGUUUGGCGCUGCGCGUCGAUUAACCCCAAUGAACGCCUUGCGGUUAUGUUCGAGGGCAGCCGCACGAUGGCUUGGAUCACAAUUAUGCCGCUCGAGGAUUGGGCCAAUGCGCGUGCGCCUUACCUAUCUGAGGGAGUUGUGCCGGAUCGCAUCUACCCUCCCAAACAAAAUCAGCCUACCCUUAUUGUUCGCGGCCGCCGUAUAUCCCGCCUGUACCGGCCGGACAACGGAGUUCAAUACUCCGACGCUUUUACUCUUGAUAUAAAGUCUUACGCUGGCCGUGUACGCGCUUGUACAGUUCGAGAACUGCGGAUCUCAGUCGACAGUCGCGAUGUUUGGCUGCGUACUUCGAAGUUCUGUGACGAACUCUUCCUCCUUCUUGACGGAAUGGAAAAUGUUGUCAUUGAGGAUGAGCGGGUUGCCGGAUCUUUGGCUUUUGUCCCUCACUCUUGCAAGCAGGCUGACAUCAUAUGCCGCGAAGAGUGGUAUGGCGCGUCCGGCCUCCUUCACCUUCGGGUGGCUGUGCACCUGAGGAGACUCAACCACGUGUGUCUGAGGGGUGUGGAAAGAGAAUGCGAUCGGAGAGUAGUGGAGGAAUGGAGAAGGAAAGGUCUUGCUGUAGCCGAUCAGCGAGUGCGCGGGCAGCCUUUCUUUCAACGAACGCAAGCUGAGGCAGAGCUGGAGGAGGCCAAGAAUAUACUUCGUUAUUUUGAGGUCCGUUUCAAGUCGCAUGUCAUGAUUGUGUUCUUCAUCUCACUUGUCUCGCAGUUGAAGGAUAUCGCAAUUCGGGAGGAAAUGAGUAUGACAUAUUGA